UUCCCCUCUUCUCUCUCCUGCACUCCAUCUUACACUGAUUGCACGGUCUCCUCUUUGCUGGACAGAAGCUCAAGUCCCCCAGGCACAGGCUGUGACCUCCAGUGGCGGCCUGGGCGGACACCGGAACGUCACCUGGGCCGCGUUUCCUCGCCCGCCCGCCUGCCCGCCCUGGUUUCCCGCACGCCCGGCGGCCGCGGCCCAUUCAUGCUUUUGACAGCUGCGUGGCCGCCGGGAGCGGAGGGUUCCGUGCUCCCUGCACCCGCCCCGCGCCCCGCGCCCGGCCCCGAUCGGAGGGCCCGACGGGGACCACAUUCGGCGGCGCCCCGGGGUGGGCCGCCGGCUCCUCCGUAGGAGCGGAAAGAAUGUCGGAGCGGGCCGCGGAUGACGUCAGGGGGGAGCCGCGCCGAGCGGCGGCGGCGGCGGGCGGAGCAGCGGCGGCGGCCGCCCGGCAGCAGCAGCAGCAGCAGCCUCCGCAGCCCCAGCGGCAGCCGCCGCCGCCGCCACGGCGCCCACGGCCGGAGGACAGCGGCCCCAGCGCCGCCUCCACCUCGGCCGCCGCCGCCAUGGCGACCGUCGGGGAGCGCAGGCCCUUGCCCAGUCCCGAAGCGAUGCUGGGACAGUCGUGGAAUCUGUGGGUCGAGGCUUCCAAACUUCCUGGGAAGGACGGGACGGAAUUGGACGAAAGUUUCAAGGAGUUUGGGAAAAACCGCGAAGUCAUGGGGCUCUGUCGCGAAGACAUGCCAAUAUUUGGUCUCUGUCCAGCCCACGAUGAUUUCUACUUGGUGGUGUGUAACGACUGCAAUCAGGUUGUCAAACCGCAGGCAUUUCAAUCACAUUAUGAAAGAAGACAUAGCUCAGCCAGCAAGCCUUCUUUGGCCGUUCCUCCCACGUCAGUAUUCUCCUUCUUCCCUUCUCUGUCCAAAAGCAAAGGCGGCAAUGCCAGUGGAAGCAGCCGCUCUGCCAGCGGCGGUGUUCUCAGCGCAUCCUCAUUAAGUUCCAAGCUGUUGAAAUCGCCCAAAGAGAAACUGCAGCUCAGGGGGAACACCAGGCCAAUGCAUCCCAUUCAGCAGAGUAGAGUCCCCCAGGCUAGAAUGUACUGGCGUUCUCGCUUCCCCUACCACAGCAUGACGCCCUCUGUCAAAAUGGAAAAGAUUCAUCCGAAGAUGGAUGGUACACUACUGAAAUCUGCGGCGGGGCCAACCUGUCCUGCUACUGUGAGUUCCUCAGUCAAGCCUGGCCUUAACUGCCCCUCAAUACCAAAGCCAACCUUGCCUUCACCUGGACAGAUGUUGAAUGGCAAAGGGCUUCCUGCACCGCCCACUCUGGAAAAGAAGUCUGAAGAUAAUUCCAAUAACAAGAAAUUUUUAAAUAAGAGAUUAUCAGAAAGAGAGUUUGACCCUGACAUACACUGUGGGGUAAUCGAUCUCGACACCAAGAAGCCCUGCACCCGGUCUUUGACAUGCAAGACACAUUCCUUAACCCAACGGAGGGCUGUCCAGGGUAGAAGAAAACGAUUUGAUGUGUUAUUAGCCGAGCACAAAAACAAAACCAGGGAAAAGGAAUUGAUUCGCCAUCUGGACUCUCAGCAAUCAACACAGCCUCUCAGGGACCCGCAUCUCGCCCCUUCUAGAACUUCACAGGAGCCACACCAAAACUCUCAUGGAGUGAUUCCUUCUGAAUCAAAGCCUUUCAUAGCUAGUAAACCUAAACCUCACACCCCCAGUCUUCCAAGGCCUCCAGGCUGCCCUGCUCAGCAAGGUGGGAGUGCCCCCAUUGACCCUCCUCCAGUCCAUGAAUCUCCACACCCUCCCCUGCCUGCCACUGAGCCAGCUUCUCGGUUAUCCAGUGAGGAGGGAGAAGGCGAUGACAAAGAAGAGUCUGUUGAAAAACUGGACUGUCAUUAUUCAGGUCAUCAUCCUCAGCCAGCAUCUUUUUGCACAUUCGGGAGCCGGCAGAUUGGAAGAGGCUAUUAUGUGUUUGACUCCAGGUGGAACCGGCUUCGCUGCGCCCUCAACCUCAUGGUGGAGAAGCAUCUGAACGCGCAGCUGUGGAAGAAAAUCCCACCAGUGCCCAGUACCACCUCACCCGUCUCCACCCGUGUUCCUCACCGGACAAACUCAGUGCCCACAUCCCAGUGUGGGGUCAGCUGUCUGGCAGCAGCCACCAUGUCUACAUCCCCAGCCCUGCUCUCCUCCACCUGCAUCUCCCCAAACAGCAAAUCGGUACCAGCUCACGGCACCACACUAAAUGCACAGCCUGCCGCCUCCGGGGCCAUGGACCCCGUGUGCAGUAUGCAGUCCAGACAAGUGUCCUCGUCCUCAUCCCCGUCCACGCCCUCUGGCCUCUCCUCGGUGCCCUCCUCCCCUCUCUCCAGGAAACCUCAGAAGCUGAAGUCCAGCAAGUCUUCAAGGCCCAAGGAGUCUUCUGGGAGCAGCACUGACUGUCACCCCAGUGGCAGCCGGACCAGCGGCACCUCAGGGAAGAAGCGCAAAGCUGGUUCCCCACCGUUAGUUCACUCUGCCUCCGCCGCCGCCGCCGCUGCCUCUUCGUCUCAUUCCAUGGAGUCUUUUAGGAAGAACUGUGUGGCCCACUUGGGGCCGCCCUACCCCUGCACAGUAACAUCUGCCCCUGGCAUCGGCCUCAACUGCGUGACGAAUAAAGCGAACUCGGUGAGUGUCCGGCAUGAGCAGUCAGGGCGGGGCGCCCCCGGAGGGAGCCCUGCCGAGUCCAUCAAGAGGAUGAGUGUGAUGGUGAACAGCGGCGACGCCACGCUUUCCCUCGGCCCGUUCAUCCACCAGUCCAGCGAGCUGCCCGUCAAUUCCCACGGCGCCUACUCACACCCGCACACUCCUCUGGACAAACUCAUAGGAAAGAAAAGGAAGUGCCCGCCUGGCUCGAGCGGUGUCAGCAGCAGCAGCAGCAGCAAACCCACUAAGGUUGCCAAAUUGCCAGCCAUGAACAAUGUCCACGUGAAACACACAGGCGCCAGCCCAGGGGCACCAGGACUGACGAGCAGCUCCUUCCUUCAUCAGGAUAUCUCCUCACCUUGCUCACGAACAGGAAUUUCAGCAGCCUCACCCCAGAGUCCUGAUCUAAAAUCCAAAGACACGUCCCUGACAACUGAAAACAGCGUGGGGAGGAAUAGUCUGGACACUUUUAAUGACAAGUCACACCUCCACUCAGCACCCUGGACUCCGAGAUGCCUUUGAGUCUGUUUUCCCAACCUCCUGCCGGCCUCAAGGGUGGAGAUCUGCGGCUGUUGUUUUAACGAGGAGUUCCCUGAAGCUAUGUCUGUAGCAGUGAGUACUCAUAAAGGACACUGGAUCAAGUUCAGCCACCGAAUUGCUUCUAUCAGUGUUACAGUGGUCUGGACUACUCGUUACCAAUCUGUGAGAAAUUUUUGUGUUGUUUUUUAACUUGCAGUAUAUCAUGGAGCCAUUCUUCGAGUAGAUUGGCUGGGUGAAAGAAUGUUCUGGGAGAACAUUACUGUAGACUUGUCUCCCUCCCUCCUCUCCCCACCCCAGUUCUUUUCUACCUGCCCUCUGCAGGUCACUGCAGCCUUUAGGCACCUUAACUGGAGACACCUUCUGGAGGGGAGACAGCGCUCCCCUGAGCAGCCUCCGGAGGGGGAGAUGAGAAGGGGCGCUGUCACUGGGUUGUAACAGCGGGGUUCCAGGAAUGGGAUGUGAGUGUUAGCACCAGGACACCAUAGCCUGUAUUUUGCCCAGCAUUGUGCAAGUAAUUUGGGAUAAGAAACUGUUUGAAGUUUCUAACUUACAGACUGGUUUAAAGUAGUGAUGCCCAGAGAGCAAGCAUACACCAUUUUAGAGGCUUACUUUCAUGGUACAAAAGCAAUUCUGUGUGAUU